GACGCUUUAAUAAACCGUUGUGUCAGGGAACAGCUUCCACUUUGGGACAGACUUCGUUGUUCGUUUGUAUCCAGUUUGAGGAGGUGUGCCGGGGUCGGGUGCAGCGGAGGAUGACCAUCGCAGGAAAAUGACUUUCCGAAGAGUGAAAAAGUUGAGCCGUAAGGAGGAUUACGGCAGCGCCGAGUGCACCGGUGCAGACAGUGAUAUUUACAAAAGCGGCGCUGAAACUUACAAAACUAGCGCUGAAACUUGCAAGACCUCCGAACUUUACAAGACCCUCGCUUACUCCGGGGGCACGUUACCUCGCAGCCACAAGCAAAGGUCGUUGAUGAAAUGGAAAACACUGACGGACUCUCCCGAGCAUGAAAGGAGGAUUAUUACUUUAGAGAAACAAGACGGCGAAGCCUUCGGAUUUGAAAUUCAGACAUAUGGACUGCAUCAUCGGGAUGAGAAGUCAAUGGAAAUGUGCACAUUUGUGUGUCGGGUCCGGGAGAACACACCAGCCGAGCUAGGAGGACUGAGACAAGGUAACGAACAAGCCCUGCUCCACUUGUGGCUCUCCUCGCUGCUUAUGCUGGAGACGGUGUAUGGAACCUCUAUCAGGCGGGCUGAGUUGGAAACCAGACUGCAAUAUCUGAAGCAAACACUGCAGGAGAAAUGGGAAGAGUACAGGUCCCUCAUGGUUCAGGAACAGAGACUGGUGCACGGCAUUGUGUCAAAAGAUCCAAGUGUUUAUGACGCUUUCGAAUCGGUGACAGCCAGCCUUUGUGGCCAAACACAUUACCUCAGCCCUUCCGCCCAGAGGCAGCCCGGCUCCGGUGGCAGUACCCGCAGCAGUGCCAUGGAGGGCGAUGACGAGCCCAUUUAUCAGACUUGUAUCUUUGACCCGUUGGACAUGGGCAGCGACGACAGCCAUGGCAGCGAGGUGGUACUUGCCAAGAAGCUGCUGACAAGGAGUGUAAGCGCCAAGGCUGGCCAUAAUGGAGUCUCCUCUUCCACUUGGGAUAAAGUCAACAACCAGAGCGCCUUUGGAACGCUGCCGAGGAAGUCCAGGAGGAAAAGCUUGAGGAAGAGGCUGCUGAAGUAUAUCCCUGGACUCAACCGUUCUGUGGAAGAGGAAGAAAGCCAAUUGUAGGCCGAGGGGCGGCAUCUUUAUUUAUUGUGAUUCCCUGAUUCUGCCACUAAAAUCACAUGGAACAGCCACCACCAGGAGGAUUACCAAGAGGCGAGGGUACCAAAGUGCUUUGACUUCAAGUCUUUGCAUAGUGAACAGCAGAUAGGUGGCACACAACUGCCUGAGGAGCCAGUUGGACAGUAUCAACACCUUCAAAAAGCAAGCUUUGCAGUUUGUGCGCUGAGUUUGGGGAGGGGAGGGGUUUGUAAGAUUUAAGUAUAACUAUUUUUGACCUUUCAAAUGAACCAGUGUUGAGUGGGUAGGGGAGAGAACAGUUCCCUUCACUUGUGUUCAUAUAUAAGACAGUCCUUUAACAAUUGUCUUCCAAUUGUUACUCUCCUGCCACCCCCUUAACUGCAAGGGAGAAAACUUUCAGAGCUACAGGGAAAGAACAGACUCAAAGGGCUGACUGGCCUACUCCUGCUCCCAUUUUCCACAAACAGGGAAGGGUGGGACUAAUUGGACAGCUCCACCGAAGAGAGAGCAUGGGUCUUGUGGGCUGAAUGGCCUCUUGCUGUGCCA